ACUACUAACUAGACCUCAGUGAUUUAUUAUUUGCAUUUCAUCAGUUUUUGCAUUAAUGUUCUCUUUCUGUUCCAGGACCCAAUCCAUGACAGCACAUUGCAUUUAGUUGUCAUGUCUCACUCUCCUCUGCUGUGUGGCAAGGGAUAUUAAUUUUAAUAUUUAACAAAGUAUAUAAAAAAUAUUUCAAACUGUAAUCAACAUUUUUAAAAUUAUCAAUAUAUUUUACAUUAUUUUCUCAUACUAAGUCCUCAAAACCCAACGUGUAGCUGUAUUUACAGCACACACAGUUGGUAUCUGAAAUGCAGACUGGAAGUCGCCCAGGGAGUGAGUGUACAGAAGUGUCAGGGUGAGGCUAUUCAGCAAAAGCGCUUUCAGGGCCACCCAAGUUUUGAGAUCAGGCUCCGAAGAGAUCAACAAGAAUUGGUGAAAUAGUAAAUUCCUUCCAAGUAAAAGCAGCGUUAGGCGCAGCGAUGCAACGGCGCCAUUAGCCAACCACGGUGGAGCAAAUCAUUUCGCUCCGCCGGAGCGAAAAUACACAGCCAGCGGGUCUGGAAAGAUGCUCUAAGCGACGAAGGGCUUUCCCGCUCACCCGGCGGCUGGCCGGAGCUGGCACUGCGAGGGUGCCGAGGACAGCGCUGGAGUUAACCAGUGACGGCUGCAGUUAGUGUCCUACACACACGCAAACCCAACCUGUCGUACCAUGCAGCACCGUCGCAGUGCUGGUACAACAGCGGAGCGGAGACAGCGUCGCCUUGGAGGACAAGCCCCCAGGGCAGAGCCCCGCAGCCACGCGGACUCCGAGGGGCGCCCUGGAGCCCGCAGCCGGCUCGGAGGGAGGCCGAGAAGGCGAGCCCGGGCGCCGCGGGCGCGAGGGGCGCGAGCUCGGCUUCUGCCUGGGGCGGGGGCCUCGGUUUGGAGCGAAGCCUGCAGUCGUGGAAGGAAAGGGGAAGCUCGAGGACGCCGAGCACGGAGAUUCUGGAGCUGGCGGGGCCGCCGGCAGCGCUGUGAACGCCCCUUCCUUGCCACCUCCUCUCUAAGCCCGAGAGGAGCGCGGAGGGCGAGGACGGGGCGGCGGGGCGACUCUCAGGGCACUGGUGAGGUCCUGAUGCUGGAAGCAGCGUCCCCGCCCCUAUUUACCUCUCAUCCAUCACUCCGCCCGGGAGUGGCUCCCUGCCCGGCAAAAAUUUGACCGGGUUAAACUGGAAGGUGCGGGAGAGCCGGCCUCCUGGCGCCCCGAGAACGGCGGACGAGCCCCAGCCCCCAGCAUGGCACCCCGCGCACCGCGCAGCCCAAGCUGGGCGGAGGACCCUUCCUGGGCCAGACCGGCGUGCCGCAGGGAAAGGGGCGGGGCCGACGCACACGUACCAGUUACGGCUGACGCUUCCACGUGACUAGCAUCGGCCAAUAGGCGGCCGCGGCCGUAGCGGCGGGGAAAUUCAAACGUGUUUGUGGAGGGGGGCUUGGAUUCCAUCUUUUCUUCUCAAGCCCGCUUUCCGGCGGUGAGUUGGGCCUCGCGGGCGGACCGAGGAACGACGGCCGCAGGUGUUGGGCUCUUUAGCUCUCAGAACAGGGAGAGGAAAUGGUGACCGUGUUCUGACAGUUAUAUUUCGAACCUGACUUCAGGAGGUGCUACCUAGCUUCCACUUUAUCGCCCCUUUUCAUUGCUAAACUCGAGGUCACUGACCCUGGGUUACUGGGAUGAUGUUUGAGAAUCACAAAGGCGAGAUUGACAGGAAGACUGCAGACACUUUGUUGACCAGACGUCGCCACCAUACAGAUGAGCAAGUGCUCAGUACUAUACGAAUACGGUAGAUUCUUGGUAUUAGAAUGAUUAAGAAAUGGAGGCCGAGGAUUUAAGUGGCAGAGAAUUGACAAUUGAUUCCAUAAUGAACAAAGUGAGAGACAUUAAAAAUAAAUUUAAAAAUGAAGACCUUACUGAUGAGCUAAGCUUGAAUAAAGUCUCUGCUGAUACUACAGAUAACUCAGGAACUGUUAACCAAAUUAUAAUGAUGGCGAACAACCCAGAGGACUGGUUGAAUUUGUUGCUCAAACUAGAGAAAAACAGUGUCCCCCUAAAUGACGCCCUUUUAAAUAAGCUGAUUGUUCGUUACAGUCAAGCAAUUGAAGCACUUCCUCCUGAUAAAUAUGGGCAAAAUGAGAGUUUUGCUCAAAUUCAAGUGAGAUUUGCUGAAUUAAAAGCGAUUCAGGAGCCGGAUGAUGCCCGUGACUGCUUUCAGAUGGCCAGAGCAAACUGCAAGAAGUUUGCUUUCGUACAUGUAUCUUUUGCACAAUUUGAACUAUCGCAAGGUAACUUUAAAAAAAGUAAACAACUUCUUCAUAAAGCUCUGGAAUGUGGAGCAGUACCACUAGAAAUGCUAGAAAUUGCCAUUCGGAAUUUAAACCUCCAAAAAAAGCAGCUGCUUUCAGAGGAAGAAAAGAAGAGCUUAUCAGCAUCUACAGUAUCAACUGCCCAGGAAUCAUUCCCCAGUUCACUUGGCCAUCUACAGAAUAAGAAGGUCAGCGGUGACUCCAGAGGACAGCCUGCUAAAGCCAGGUUUUUCUAUGGAGAGAACAUGCCCCCUCAAGAUGCAGAGAUAGGUCAUGGAAAUCCUUUGAAACGAUCAAACAAAACUAAACGGUCGUGCCCAUUUGGAAGAGUCCCUGUUAACCUUCUGAAUAGCCCGGAUUAUCACGUGAAGACAGAAGGUGCAGUUGUUCCAAGUUUUACAAAAAGACAGACCUCUGGAUCAGAAUCCCGAGAUAUGAUUGUGCCCGGAUCUAAAUCAAGUGGAAAUGAUUCCUGUGAAUUGAGAAAUUUAAAGUCUGUUCAAAAUAUCCGUUCCAAGGAGGCCCUGAUGUCAGAUGGGAAGAGUUCUGAACUUAGUACUGAUUCUAUAACCCUGAAGAAUAAAACUGAAUCAAGUCUUCUAACGAAAUUGGAAGCAACAACAAGUAAAAUUUCAGAAACUAAAGAGCAUCAAGAACCAAAGUUUCCAGAAAGUAACCAGAAACAAGGGCAAUCUAAGAGAAAGUUGGAAUGUGUAAAGCAGAAUCCUGCUGCCUCUUCAAAUCAGUGGCAGAUUCCGGAGAUAACCCGAAAGGCUGAUUCAGAGCAGAAACAAACCACUUUUGAGCAACCUGGCUUUUCCAUUUCAAAGCAGUCACCCCCAAUAUCAGCACCUAAAUGGAUUGAUCCAAAAUCUGUUUGUAAGACGCCCAGCAGCAGCAGCUUGGAUGAUUACAUGAGCUGUUUUAGAACUCCAGUUGUAAAGAAUGACUUUCCAUCUGCUUGUCAGUUGUCAACACCUUACAGCCAACUCGCCUGUUUCCAGCAGCCACCGGGGCAGAUCCCCAUUACGCCACUUCAGCAUUUACAGAUUUCAGCAUCCUCUUCAACAAAUGAGUGCAUUUCAGUUAAAGGAAGAAUUUAUUCCAUAUUGAAGCAGAUAGGAAGUGGAGGUUCAAGUAAGGUAUUUCAGGUGUUGACUGAAAAUAAACAGAUACAUGCUAUAAAGUAUGUGAACCUGGAGGAAGCAGAUAAUCAAACUAUUGAGAGUUACCGGAAUGAAAUCGCUUAUCUGAAUAAACUACAACAACACAGUGAUAAGAUCAUCCGACUUUAUGAUUAUGAAAUCACAGACCAGUACAUCUACAUGGUAAUGGAGUGUGGAAAUAUUGAUCUUAAUACUUGGCUUAAAAAGAAAAAAUCCAUCAAUCCCUGGGAACGCAAGAGUUACUGGAAAAAUAUGUUGGAGGCAGUUUACACAAUUCAUCAACAUGGCAUUGUUCACAGUGAUCUGAAACCUGCUAACUUUCUGAUAGUUGAUGGAAUGCUAAAGCUAAUUGAUUUUGGAAUUGCAAACCAAAUGCAGCCAGAUACAACAAGUAUCGUUAAAGACUCUCAGGUUGGUACAGUGAAUUAUAUGCCACCAGAAGCAAUCAAAGAUAUGUCUUCCUCAAGAGAGAAUGGGAAAUCCAAAUCAAAGAUAAGCCCCAAAAGUGAUGUUUGGUCCUUAGGAUGCAUUUUGUACUAUAUGACUUAUGGGAAAACACCAUUUCAGCAUAUAAUUAAUCAGAUUUCUAAAUUACAUGCCAUAAUUGACCCUAAUCAUGAAAUCGAAUUUCCUGAUAUUCCAGAGAAAGAUCUUCAAGAUGUGUUAAAGUGUUGUUUAAUAAGGGACCCUAAGCAGAGGAUAUCCAUUCCCGAGCUCCUGGCGCAUCCAUAUGUUCAGAUUCAAACUCAUCCAGGUAACCAGAUGACUAAGGGAACCACUGAAGAAAUGAAACAUGUUCUGGGCCAACUUGUUGGUCUGAAUUCUCCUAACUCCAUUUUGAAAGCUGCUAAAACAUUAUAUGAGCACUAUAGUAGUGGUGACAGGCAUGAUUCCUCUUCGUCAUCCAAGACUUUUGAAAAAAAAUGGGAAAAAAAAUGAUUUGCAAGCUACUUAUAAAAUGUCACAAAUCGCCCAGCAAAUAUAUUGGACUGUUAUACUCCUAAUUCUCUGUGGAAAUCUGCUCUUGAAGACAGCUUCACUCUAAAAUGUCAUUGACGGGAAAAUUCAGUGGAUUAUCCUCAAAAUAAAACUGUAAAAAUAAUAACCACUACUAGCACUGUAUAUAUUAAGUUAUAGGAUUGUUUUCUCUCUUUUAUGCUUCCCUGUAAAUCUAAUCUAUUUGGUAUUUCACAGUUGGAAUAGUGGGUGGACAUUGAAAUAUAUUUUGAAGAACUAUGUAAAUAAAGCUUUGGAGCAUAAAAUGACACUAAAAUA